AUGCUGCUACGGCAGACAUCGACCAUCCCCGUCGCCGGAGUGAUGCUGAUGAGCGAAGAUCAAAUGCUUAUAGGUUCGGUUAAUAUACUCUCUAUUGUUACUUACAAUGCUCAGAGAUCUGGUUACCUUCAAAGGCCAGAGGACAUGCCCACUUCAAGGCAAGUUUACAAGAUCUACCCGAACAACCCCGGAUCGGACCUCGCCGGUGAGACCACCGCCGCUAUGACAGCCGCUUCUGUUGUCUUCCGCCACCACAACCCCUCCUAUGCCAAUGAGCUCCUGCAUGUUGUCAUACUCCUGUGCAAAGAAAGAGAUCAUGUCUUCGCCGCCGACCUCCUCGGACACGGCCGAUCCGACGGAAUCCGAUGCUACCUCGGCGAUCUCGAAAAGAUCGCCGCCACGUCGCUGUCGUUUUUUGUGAGUGUUCGACACAGCGAAGAGUAUAAGGAUCUGCCCGCGUUCUUGUUCGGCGAAUCUAUGGGCGGCGCCGCCACCAUGUUGAUGUACUUCCAAUCGGAGCCUUCUACGAAGAACUUGCUUGUCCGCGGGUGCGCCUCCUUUUUCUGCUUUGGUCGCGCUGCCGCUGGACUUGAGAGCCCAUCUCCUUUCAAAGUAGGCCCUGCCCAACAGCAGGACAUCCUUCCUGCCCCCCCUGUUACUGACAAGGGCAAGGAUCAUAUCCAUACCACUGACCUUGUUGAAGAUGAUAGUAAUACAGGAAAGCUUGCUCUUAAGAGCAACUUGAAGAAGCCUACAAAUACCCUUCCAGUUUCUGGUGGGGUUGUUAGUGAAUGUGAGGUAUUGUGUGAGAAUGGACGUGACAUCCCUGGUCAUAUGGAAAGAAGGAAAGUACAGUGGACAGCUGCUUCGGGAGGAGAGAUUGCUCAGAUCCGGGAAUUUGAGCUCAGUGAUGUGGGUGGAUCGGAUGAUGAAUUUGACAAUGGGGAUGAAAGGCACUGUUCAUGCAGAAUAAUGUAG